CUCCCGCAGGCCGACAUGCAGCUGCUCCCGCUCGUGGCCCUGCUGCUGGCCCCGGCGCCCGGGGCCUCGGCUCCCAAGGUGAGGCGGCAGAGCGACAGCUGGGGCCCCUGGGGGGACUGGAGCCCCUGCAGCCGGACCUGCGGAGGGGGCAUCAGCUUCAGGGAGCGCUUCUGCUCCUCGCAGAGGAGAGAUGGGGGCUCCAGCUGCGUGGGCCCCACUCGCAGACACCGCUUUUGCCACAUCGAGAGCUGCCCCCCAGGUGCCCGCGACUUCCGGGCAGAGCAGUGCGGGGAGUUCGACAGCCGCGAGUUCCAGGGCCGCCGGUACCGGUGGCUGCCCUACUACGCGGCCCCAAACAAGUGUGAGCUGGCCUGCAUCCCCAAGGGGGAGAGCUUCUACUACAAGCACAGGGAGGCCGUGGUGGACGGGACGCCCUGCGAGCCUGGCAAACGGGACGUCUGUGUGGAUGGCGUCUGCCGGGCGGUGGGCUGUGACCACAAGCUCGACUCGUCAAAGCAGGAGGACAAGUGUCUGCAGUGUGGGGGCGACGGCACGACCUGCCGCCCGGUCACCGGCACCUUUGACGUCAGUGACCUCAGCAGAGGCUACAACCAGAUCCUCAUCGUUCCCGCGGGGGCCACCAGCAUCCGCAUCGAGGAGGUGGCUGCCAGCAGGAAUUUCCUGGCGGUGAAGAGCAUCCAGGGUGAGUACUACCUCAACGGGCACUGGACCAUCGAGGCCGCCCGCGCCCUGCCCGUGGCCAGCACCAUCCUGCACUACGAGCGGGGUGCCGAGGGGGACCUGGCACCGGAGCGGCUCCAUGCCCGCGGCCCCACCUCGGAGCCCCUGGUCAUCGAGCUCAUCAGCCAGGAGUCCAGCCCCGGCGUGCGCUACGAGUACCACCUGCCCCUGAGCACCCCCCGGCCCGGCUUCAGCUGGAGCCACGGCUCGUGGAGCGACUGCAGUGCUGAGUGUGGCGGAGGUCACCAGUCCCGCCCAGUGUUCUGCACCAUCGACAAUGAGGUCUACCCUGACCACAUGUGCCAGCACCAGCCACGGCCGGCCACCCACCGCCCCUGCAGCCCUCACUCCUGCCCGCAGACCCAGCGCUGGAAGACAGGGCCCUGGACACCCUGCUCGGCCUCCUGCGGAGGUGGCUCCCAGUCCCGCUCCGUCUACUGCGUCUGGUCCGAUGGGGCCGGCGGCCAGGAGGCCAUGGAGGAGGCCCAGUGCGCCGGCCUGCCGGGGAAGCCCGCCACCACCCAGGCCUGCAACCUGCAGCGCUGCGCAGCCUGGCGGGAGGAGCCCUGGGGGGAGUGUUCUGUCAGCUGCGGCGCCGGCAUCCGGAGGAGGAGCGUCACUUGCCGGGGCGAUGAGGGGUCCCUGCUGCAUGCCGCAGCCUGCUCCUUUAAGGACCAGCCGCCUCUCACUGAGCCCUGUGUGCAUGACGACUGUCCCCGCCUCAGUGACCAGGCCUGGCACGUGGGCGCCUGGAGUCUAUGCUCCAAGAGCUGCGGCUCGGGCACUCGGAGACGGCAGGUGGCGUGUGCCAUUGGGCCACCCGGCCACUGCGGGAGCCUGCAGCUGCGGAAGCCUGCAGAGGUGGAGCCCUGUAACACGCAGCCCUGCCCGCUUCCUCCGGAUUCCAGAGACCAGUGGUGGGCCCCCCGGGAGCAACCCUCAACUCCGGGUAACCCCAGAGGAGACCAGGGCCCCCACCUGCCAGCCCCAGGCCCAGCCUCCUCUCUGCCGCAGUCCCCAAAACAGCAGCCCCUGUGGUCUGGCUCGGGACCCCAGGACUGCAGGCACAGCCCCCACGGGUGCUGCCCCGAUGGCCACACGGCCUCUCUCGGGCCGCAGUGGCAAGGCUGCCCUGGGGCCUCUUGUCAGCAGAGCAGGUACGGGUGCUGCCCUGACGGGGUGUCUGUGGCCGAGGGGCCCCAUCAAGCUGGCUGCGCCAAGUCUUACGGCGGGGACAGGAGGCAGUCGGGGUCGAGAGCAGUGGCCUCCACAGUGCCCCGGGCCCACCAGCCCCAGGCCCAGCAGAGUGAGCCCACCGAGUGCCGCGGCUCCCAGUUUGGCUGCUGCUAUGACAACGUGGCCUCUGCAGCAGGCCCUUUUGGGGAAGGCUGUGUGGGCCAGCCCAGCUACGCCUACCCCGUGGGGUGCCUGCUGCCCAGCGCCCUCGGCUCCUGCACAGACUGGGCCCCCCGCUGGUACUUCAUCGCCUCUGUGGGCCGGUGUAACCGCUUCUGGUACGGUGGCUGCCACGGCAAUGCCAACAACUUUGGCUCGGAGGAGGAGUGCAUGAGCAGCUGCCGGGGGGCUCAACACGCACCCCGCCAACCCGAGCCCGGGGCCGCUGGCCAGAGCACCCACAGAGCUGGUGGAGGCAGCAGUCCCGGAGGCCAGCGGGAGGCCGGCCAGCACCGGCCCGGGGCCGUGCACCACCCCCAGACCUCAGGAGAACGGCCCUGGGGCCCGGAGCUGGGGUCCAGCACCCCAGGACUGGGCGGAGAUGCUGGGCGGCCAGCACCACCCUCCCACAGCUCCUCCCACAGGGUGAGCGUGGCGGGCGCGGAGCCCUCCCUGGUGCAGGCGGCCCUGGGGCAGGCGGUGCGGCUCUUCUGCCCGGAAGUGGCCUCCAUGGACCUCCCGACCAGGUGGCAGAAGGACGGGCAGCACCUCUCCUCUGACAGACACAGGCUGCAGCCUGAUGGCUCCCUGGUCAUCAGCCCCCUGCGGGCAGAGGACGCUGGCAUCUACAGCUGUGGCGCCAGGCCAGGCCGGGACUCUCCGAAGAUCCAGCUUCGCAUCACGGGGGGUGACGUGGCCGUGCCAAGGCACUUCCCUCAGACCGGGGACCCUGCCCAGGGCCACCAUCCUCAGGACUCCAGCCUAGGGAGGGAUGCUGGGGACCUGGGGGCCAUCUCCUCUCCUCACCCACGGCCCUCGACCAGGCUGCGCCUGGACCAGAGCCAGCCUGGGGUGGUGGACGCCCAUCCCGGCCAGCGGAUCCGGUUGACCUGUCGCACUGAGGGCUUCCCACCCCCGACCAUCGAGUGGCAGAGAGAUGGGCAGACCCUCUCUUCUCCCAGACACCAGCAGCAGCCUGAUGGCUCUCUGGUCAUCAGCCAAGUGGCUGUGGAAGAUGGCGGCUUCUACACCUGUGUCGCCUUCAAUGGGCAGGACCGAGACCAGCGCUGGGUCCAGCUCAGAGUUCUGGGGGAGCUGACAAUCACAGGGCUGCCCUCCACGGUGACGGUGCCAGAAGGUGACACGGCCAGGCUGCUGUGUGUGGUGGCAGGAGAAAGUGUGAACAUCAGAUGGUCCAGGAACGGGCUGCCGAUACGGGCCGAUGGCCACCGUGUCCACCAGUCUCCAGAUGGCACUUUGCUGAUCCACAACCUGCGGGCCGGGGACCAGGGCUCCUACACGUGCAGCACGUACCGUGGCAGCCAGGCCGUCAGCCGUAGCACCGAGGUGAAGGUGGUGCCACCAGCACUGGCCGCCCAGCCCAGGGACCCUGGCAGGGAUUGCAUGGAUCAGCCGGAGCUGGCCAACUGUGAGCUCAUCCUGCAGGCCCGGCUCUGUGGCAAUGAGUAUUACUCCAGCUUCUGCUGUGCCAGCUGUUCACGUUCCCAGCCGCAUGCUCAGCCGGUCUGGCAGCAGGGAUGAAGGCUGGCUCCAGCCCCAGUUCUGAAACAACUCGUAGGGCUGGGGAGAAGGGCAGGGAGACUCACUCUCCCCUCUGUGGCUGGCAAGGGAGUUAUCUUCUGGAGACACCCCACCCCACCCAGCCAGUGUUUAGCCUCAGCAGAGGCCAGAUCAGCAUCUCUGACAUGACCAAAGAUAGCUGAGUUGUCACGGAGAGAAAUCUGUUUAGAUUAGGAUACCCUUUACUUUACAACUUCCCUCUAUAAUUUCUGUUACACAGCAUCAGUUCACUGCGUUUUAAAAUGAGCUACUAGGGUUCUCACUUCAUGUAAAGCUGGAUAGGGAGGUGCAUAACUAUUUCAAAGUAAACACCUACCUAACUCCUACUGUGACAGGGAAGGGUUCUUUGCUAGAACUAGAUCUCAUCUGGGGUCAAACAGUGGUCUAUUGCUCUAGUCCCUUUCUCAACCUUCUAGGUAGUAAAUAGCAACCAGCUUCAAGCCCAUCUGUGCCUAUGGGUAACAGCAUAAUGUUGGUGAAAGCUCUCAGGAAAGUAGACUAUAAGGUAAGGCUCAGAUAGGGAUUUAGUAUGAAAGGGUAGCAGUUGCAUUAUCUGAGCAUGAAAGAACUGUAAAAGCUUCUUACUUUCAUCGGG